AAGAGGGGGCUCGUCUGUUGCAUCUGUCACAUUGCACGAAAGCAAAACCACUCUUCAAGAGUAGCUAGUCUGCUUAGUCUGCUGCAAAUCUAGCUAAAAGGACAAAUCGACUAGAGGUUGUGUGGGAUUUGGUGCAAGUCGCAGGAUGGUUAAGCAAAAGAUUGUUCUCAAGUUGGCUCUGGAUGACGAGAGGAAGAGGAGGAAGGCCUUCAAGGCUGCCGUUGGCAUGUCAGGCGUGACAUCCGCGGCGAUGGAGGGGGAAAAGAUCAUCAUCGUCGGGGACAGUGUCGACCCGAUCACGCUGACGACGGUGCUCCGGCGCAGCCUAGGCUACGCAGAGCUCCUCAGCGUGUCGUCCGGCGACGACAAGAAGAAGGAUGGCUACGGCGCCGCCUAUGGGUACGGCGCCGGCGAGAAGAAGAAGGACGGCUAUGGAUACGGCGGCGACGGCGGCGGGAGCUUUGGCGGCAAGGAGGAUGGCGGUUCCAAAGGUGGCGGCGGGGGCGGCUACUCUCAGAACGCGGUUGCGCCGAUCACGUACCCCGCCUAUCAGCAGUACAACGCCAUGCCGUCCUACCCGGUUUACUCCUCCUACCAUGCUCCUCCUGCUUAUCAGCACCAAGAACAGGAUACCGGCUGCAGCAUUAUGUAGUAGCAUAGUACUACUCCGUAGUUGUUAGUUAAGGAGAGAUGAUGGGCUGGCGAGAGAUCAGGAGAGUUGCGAGCUGUGUUCAGGCCAUGAUUGAUGGCCUGACCCAGAAGUUGGCUGAGAGAGCAGAGCGAUGUUGGCUGCCUGGGCACUGAGAAGCACCGUAUGUACAGUACAGGUUGGUUGGAUCAGCAAUGGUGGUUUGGAGCGUGGUAACAUAUUGUACAGGAGGAAUGAAUAAAAGGAAACUCAGGUGUUUGCAAAA